AUGCCUUUUGUGAAGCGAACGAUCCAGCCUAUUAAAAUCGGCUCUUUGCUGACGACUGGUUCACUAAUCCAAACUAACAACAAAACCAGACACCAGUCAGUGAACAAUGAGUUGGAGCAGGUAACUGUAACAUCCCUAAUUGACGUGAUGAGGCAGUUGAGUUGUCUCAGUCUUCACGUGCAGGAUAUGUUUGGGGAACUUCAGAGGGAGACUACGAUCAUUUUUGAGAGGACCAUGCAGCUCAACAGGAAAGUUGAGUCGCUGAGGAAGGAGAUUGGACAACUGAACCCUAUCGUUGAAGAAGUCUCCCUACAUGAUAUCAACCUCAGAAAGCCGUUCAAGUUUUCCACAUGGAAAGAUCAGCAGAUUGUGACGCACAGCACAAGACCGCAAUGCAUAUCGUACGUGUACAGCGCAUGUGACCCUCCACCACUUCUGCAGCUCCUCAACACAUGCAGAUCGGAUGGGAAGGACAGCUUGAAGUUUUACACAGACCCAAGUUACUUCUUUGAUUUGUGGUGCCAGGCUAUGCAAAAGGAAUCCAAAACUCAAAUGAAACGACACAAGAAGCACAAG